CUUACAAUGAUAUUAUCAGAAACUACAAAACGUUCACUUUCUAAUGGAGAUUUAGAAAUAAGUCGAAAGGGAUUUUCAAAUGCCAGUUUACAUAAACCAACUGAUAAUAUAAAAGAAGUUGAUGAAUCAACAUUCAAUUCAAGUUUUGGUAUUGUAUUAACAUGUUUGGGAUGUGUAGUUGGAUUUGGAAAUAUUUGGAGAUUUCCAAGAAUUUUAGCAACUUAUAGUUAUGAUAAAGGUUCAUUAACAUUUUAUAUGGUAUGGGUAAUUGUGCUUUAUUUAUGGUCUGUUCCAAUUGUAAUUGUUGAGUAUACAAUGGGUCGUUUUACACGAAAUUCUGUGGCUGCUUCAUUUCAUAAAUUUUUUGGAGAUAAAUUUGCAUGGAUUGGUGGAUGGAUUACCUCGGUAACAUUUUUUCUAAGUGCUUAUUAUCCAGUGAUUAUUGGUUGGUGUUUAUACUACUCUUACAUGGCUUGCUUUAUUGGUUUACCUAAAAGUGAAAUGGAGAGCAAAGAAAGAUUUAAUAAUUUUGCCAGGGAUUCAUAUUGGCCUGUUCUAACACAAUGUAUGAGCGUAAUCAUGGCAGCAGCCUGUAUAUAUGGGGGUAUAAAAUGGAUUGAAAAAGCAAACAACAUACUUGUUCCUUUCCUAUUGAUUAUUGUGAUGUUUACAUGUGGGUGGUCAUUGACUCGAACUUAUGCUGAAGUAGGAAUUAAAUUUUUAUUCACACCUACAUGGAGUAGUUUAAAAGAUCCUGAGAUGUGGAUUGCUGCAGCAAGUCAAAAUGCCUUUGAUACAGGUGCUGGUAUAGGAGCACUAGCUACAUUUGCCGCAUUUAUGAGUAGACAGCGUGGAGCGGUAAGAUAUGGUACAAUUAUUCCAAUGUUAAAUAACUUAGUCAGCUUCAUAAGUUCGAUUACAGUAUUUUCCACUGUUUUUGCAACACUGAUACAAAAUACACCAACAUUAACGCGUUUAGGGAUUGUAAAAAUCAUGCAGCUGACUGGACCUGGUAGUACUGGAUUAACAUUUAUUUGGUUUCCAGUUUUAUUUGAGAGUUUGGGCAUAUUUGGAAGAAUAGUUUGUCUAUUGUUUUUUAUUUGUCUUACUGUUGCUGGAUUAAGCACUACAAUUUCAGACUUGGAAGUUUAUACAAUGGUAUUGGAUGACUGUGGAGUUAGUCAUAAAAAGUCUGUUGCAAUCGCUUUAAUAGCAAAUAUAUUAGUUGGACUUCCAUCAGCUUUAAAUCUUAAUAUUUUAGCAAAUCAGGAUAAUGUAUGGGGUAUUGCAUUGCUAAUAUCAGGUAUACUGAUGGCCAGUUUAGUUAUUCGAUACGGACCAAUGAAGUAUCGUCGAUAUAUAGUUAAUGAAUUUGGUAUAGAUGAUUGGAAUUUACCGAAAGUAUGGAUAUUUAUGAUAACUAUUCUUGUACCAUUACAAGGAAUCAUUCUAAUUAUUUGGUGGAUUUAUGAUAUGAUCGCAAGUGAUCCACAUUGGUAUAUGUUCACGUAUGAAUCUGUUACAUCGUUGUGUGUUGAAUGGAUGAUUUUGUUAGCUGCAUUGAUCGGGAUUAAUGUAAUUGCAUUAUGGCGAAAGUGGUCAAUAUUUCCUGUUGCUAAAACAUAUGGAAACAAUCCUUACGAACUAGACUUUUUGAAAACGUUCACUGAUUUAUGAUUUUUUGUAGUGAUACAUUAGUUAAAAGUAGUACAUAUUUUUAAGUAAAAAUAUUGUUAGAUUGAAAAAAGGUUACUAGUUUUUGUACACUUGCCUUCCAAUUAUUAUAAAGAAAAUUAAAAAGAAAUUUCUGCUUGAAAAAUCUUUAUUCUAUCGUUGAGAGAAUAUAAACUUUAUACAUUUCUU